AUGAGAGUUCUUUUUUGGAACAUUAAUGGGUUUGUGCGUGAUGAAGCACAAUGUAAACUUAAGGAAUUGGUGAAGGAUUUCAGGCCUGAUAUUAUUGGUAUUGUUGAACCAAUGGUGUCAGUGUCUUCCAGGUCUAUUUGUCGCUUUAGAAUUGAUGGUUUUAAUAACUCAAUAAUUCAUAACUCCACAGAUUCGUGUAUUGGUAACCUGUGGGUGAUGUGGUCUUUAAAUGUCUCUGAUCCGGUGGUGUUGAAUUGCUCUAAACAGGCAAUAACUAUUGGGGUGGAUGGUGUUCAUAUAUCUUUUGUUCAUGCAAGUUCAGUGCAAACUACAAGGAGAAAUCUUUGGAAUGAGCUUAAUAUGGGUGCGCAACAGGUUCCAUGGCUUGUUAUUGGGGACUUUAAUUGUGUUUUGAGGAAUGAUGAGAAGAAGGGAGGUGUCACUCCAAGAACAAUUGUUGUGAAUGAAUUUAGUGAUUGGUUGGAUGAUAAUAGUCUUUUUGAAGCUGAAGCUUUGGGAAGUAAAUUUACUUGGUCGAAUAGGCAGACGGGGGUUAGAAGAAUCAUUAGUAAAUUGGAUCGUGCAGUGAUUAAUGAGUUUUGGUUGAAUCGUGUUGAGAAUUGGCGGUGUAAAGCUCUUCCUAGGGAAGUUUAUGAUCAUUCUCCUUUAAUUGGUUAUCCUUUUGUUAACACAAGACCCCGGAGAGCUCCUUUUCGGGUUAAAAAAAUGUGGUUUGGUCAUCCAGAUUUCAUGCGUAUGGUCCAGGAAAGUUGGAGUAUUCGUAUUGUGGGUGUUCCGGCUUUUAUUUAUCCUCAGAAACUAAAGCGUCUCAAAAUUGCUAUGAAUUUGCGGAAUCAAGAGGUUUUUGGUAAUGUGAAUGUGAUGUUGAAACAUGCUCAACUUAGACUUGAAAGUGCAAUGCGGUUAACUGACGAGGAUCCUUCAGAUGUGGAUAAGCUGAAUUUAAUGAGACGUGCGGCUGUUGAGGUUAAUGAAGUUCAUACUAAUGGGGUUACGGUAACUGAUUAUGAUCAGAUUCGUGACCUUAUUGUAAGUUAUUAUGAGAUGAAGUUUAAUGGGGAUGAUUCAACUCCAGUUGAUUCUCUUUUUAACGUGGAGCAUGAAUGCAUUUCUAUGGAGGAGAGUUAUAGAAUGGAUCAGUUACCUACUGUUGAGGAAAUUCAUGCAGCAGUGUUUGAUUUGGGAGCUGACAGCGCGCCUGGUCCUGAUGGGUUUGUUGGUUUCUUCUAUAGGCAUUGUUGGGAGAUCAUCCGAGAUGACUUGGUGAGUGCUAUCUUGUUUUGUUGGACUAAUAAAUUCAUUCCUCAUGGAGUAAAUUCUAGUCUUCUUAUGCUUUUGCCUAAAGAAAGAGGUGAAAAUACUCUUAAAAAUUUCAAGCCAAUUGGUCUUAGUAAUUUCUUUUUUAAGAUUUUUACUAAGAUUCUUGCUACUCGUUUGGGAAGUGUUUUGGAUAAGUUAAUUUCUGAAGAGAAGGUGGCUUUUAUGAAGGGUAGGAAUAUCCAUGAAAAUAUUAGUCUUGCUUCGGAGAUGGUGAAUGAGAUUCAUAUUCGGUGUAAGGAAGGUAAUGUGGGGUUAAAACUUGAUAUCACUCAAUCUUUUGAUACAGUCAGUUGGACUUUUAUCUUGGAGGUUUUUUUAGAAGAUAUGAUUUCUCGGAGAAUUGGUACACUUGGAAGGAUGCUUUCUUUUCAAGAUAGAGUGGUGCUGGUCAAAUCAGUAAUAGCUAGUUAUUCAAUUCAUAAUAUGGUUGUUUACAAAUGA